AUGUCGUGGGAGACUACUGUAAAGCAGAAAAGAGCUCUUCGGGAUGCUGCUGUCGAGCAAGCAACUGUUUUUGUCGACAAAUGUACUUCUGAGGAACAAGAUUUGGAGGCCCUGGUUCCAAAACAUGCUGAUAUAGCCUCUCUUACUACCAAAUUGAGUAUUGGUGAGCUAUCAGCAGAGGCACUUGUUUCGGCUACCAUCAGCCGAGCCAUCAAGUCGCAUAGAGAAACAAACUGCCUCAGCGAACCACUCUUCAAACCUGCCCUCGAGCGCGCUAGAUAUCUAGACACCUUCUUCCACACCCACAAACGCCUCAUCGGUCCCCUCCACGGCAUCCCCAUCUCCGUCAAAGAUCAAUUCCACAUCAAAGGGAUCGACACAACCCUCGGCUAUGUGGGCCGCUCCUUCAAGCCCGCCGCCGACACAGCCGUCAUGGUCACCAUUCUCGAGAAGCUGGGCGCCGUCAUCGUGGCAAAGACGGCUAUUCCCCAGAGUAUCAUGUACGGCGAGACAGAGAGUCCGCUCUGGGGAUUGACGACGUACCCUGGGAGGUCUGAGCUAUCGCCUGGAGGUUCUUCGGGAGGUGAAGCUGCGCUUAUGCUCAUGUCUGGGUCGCUUGGCGGGUGGGCUACUGAUAUUGGUGGCUCUAUUCGUGUGCCUAGUCAUUUGUGUGGGCUAUUUGGGCUGAAGCCUACUUCUGGGCGCUUCUCUUAUGCUGGAGCUGCGAAUUCUCACGAAGGACAGACUCAUGUGCCUUCUUCCAUUGGACCUAUAAGCCCUUUGCUUUCGAAUCUUGUCACGAUGACUAAAGAAUGUCUGCUCGCCGAGCCUUGGACCCUGGAUCCUAACGUCGUCCCCAUUCCCUGGCGACAAGAGAUAUACGACCAGAUUCAACAGCGACCGCUCACCAUAGGCGUCAUUCUAGACGAUGGCGUCGUCCGUCCUCACCCUGAAGUACAAAUUGCCGUUCAGCGAGCAGUGGCACUUUUCGAAAAAGCAGGACACAAGGUUACUCCUUGGAGCACUGAAGAACACAUGGGCUGUAUCGAAAUCCAAGACCAGUUCUACCGCGCAGAUGGGGGAGAGGAUAUCAACCGCGAGGUGGCUGUAGCAGGCGAGCCACUGAUUGCACAUGUCGAAGCGCUUGUGAAGUCGUCAAAGGCUAUUUCGGUGUAUGAGUACUGGCAGCUGAACCGCCGAAAGACUGCAGCGCAGGAGGCGUAUAACCGGAAGUGGAAGACUGACGAUGGAACUUGCGUUGAUAUCAUCAUCAGUCCAGUUUCACCGCAUACUGCCGUGCCACAUCGCUCAAGUCGAUGGACGGGGUAUUCCAAGAUCUGGAACUUUAUGGACUACACGGCCAUGUCAUUUCCAUUUGCAAAGUUUGGUCCUCCAAAGUCUGGUGACUCGUCCAGAAUUUAUAUCACAGCUAGUGAGAAUGAGCGACAGAGUUACCAAGAUCACACGCCUCGAAACGCAAUUGAUGAGUGGAUACACGGGCUUUACAAUCCCCAGGCCAUGCAGGGACUUGAUAUUGGAGUUCAGAUUAUUGGACGGAGGUUUGAGGAGGAAAAGGUCUUGGGUGUGGCUGCGCUUUUGGAGGGUCUGUUGUCAGAUGGAUCAAAAUAG